AUGUCCUCGAUUGCCUCCACUGUAUCGACUCUUUCGAAGCGCGCGCAAGAGUGCGCUGUGCCAUCGGAGUCCCCUCUCUGGGGCAUCUACGCAGACCAGUGGCACCCAGAAUCCAAUCCAAAUGGAUAUAUCAAUGUCGGCGUUGCAGAGAACACUUUAAUGCACAGCGAGCUGGAGUGCUAUAUUCGGAACAGCUCUAAUAUCCCAUCGAAAGCCUUCACGUAUGGAGAUGGGCCACUGGGUUCCAACAGGUUGAGGAACGCUGUUGUGAGAUUCCUCAACCGUCGGUUACAGCCAGUUGUGCCUCUAGAGAUGCGGCAUGUCAUUGUGACGAAUGGCGUCUCUCACUCCAUUGAGCAUACAUCUUGGGCAUUCUGUAACCCUGGGGAUGGAUACCUCCUCGGCCGACCAUACUACCGCGCCUUCAUUCCAGACAUCGCACUUCGUCCUGGCGUGGAAGUCCUCACAGUCGACUUCGGAACCAUAGACCCCAUGAGUGUGGAAGCAGUUGCCGAGUACGAAAAGGCGCUCCUUGCUGCCAAAUACCGGGGCGUUCACGCAAAAGCUCUCAUGCUAUGUUCGCCGCACAACCCACUGGGAAGAUGUUACUCUCGGGACGCUCUCAUUGCCUACAUGCGGCUGUGCGAGAAAUAUCAGAUUCACCUAGUCUGCGACGAGAUAUACGCCUUCACGACUUGGCACAACCGUCACGACUCCUCCCCUCCUGCGGUUGGGGUUACCUCCGUUUUGUCAAUCGCCACGGAAGGCAUCAUCAAUCCAUCUCUCGUCCACGUGCUCUGGGGUAUGAGCAAGGACUUUGGGGCCAACGGCUUGAGGGUGGGAUAUAUCAUCUCGCAACAUAACGAAGCGCUUCACAGGGCGCUUCUGGAAGUCGAGAUCUACUCCUACGCGUCGUCCGCCGCUGAGCACGUGGCCGCAAACAUGCUCGAAAAUGAUGCUUGGGUUGACGACUUCAUCCAGGAGAAUCAGAAACGGCUGACUGAUUCGUUCAGUUUCGUGGUAGACUUCCUCAACAAGCAUAAAAUACCCUAUGCGCCAGGUGCAAAUGCUGCGUUCUUCAUAUGGCUUGAUCUUGGAAAGGCGUAUCUUGACCGGCACCUCGAACGUGGCAGCGAAGUCACCGACGCAAUGGCCGACGAGAUCAUGCAAUCGCUCGUGAGCAGUAAAGUGUUUCUGGGAAGUGGGUCAUACUUUGGUGCAGAGACGCCGGGCUUGUUUCGUAUUGUGUUCACCCAUCCAAGACCUUACAUGGAGGAGGCCCUGAGAAGAGUAGCCAGGGCAAUAGGGGAGGGCACUGAAGCCCGAUAUCAACCUACGUUACCGCUACGUGGUGGCGCUAAGCUAGGAGGCCAGGUAGAUUGUCAGGGAUAA